AUUCAUUUCUUUCCGCCACAAAAGGCAGGAUUAUUAUUUCCAAAGGGUCAUAUUUUGUUGUCUGAGGUUUCUGAUGCCAGCUCAGAGAAAUUUUUCAGCACAGCUGCACUUAAAGUUCCACCAUUUGGCAUCAAUGCGCUCUCCACCAAUGGCAGCCAGGAGCCUCAAGGCCCAGGCUUUCUCAAGGUGUCAGGCCUAGAGCGCAGUCAGGAGAGGAGCCAGGAAAACUGCAGGGACUCUCAAUCCCCUUCAGCUACUGCCCCCAGUCAGCCUGUGUCCCCACAACCCCUGCCCCCACCCCAGUCCCAGCACCAACUAUUCCUCCCACGGUCUCCGUCCUCACAGCGGACUCAGGCAAACAUCCCCACCCAGACUUUGCCUUCCGUUCCACCGCUUCCCCUUUUAGAAGCUCUGCCCAGGCACCACCCGCAGACACCCGCAGCCGUGCCUCUCGCCCAGGGCCAAGUGCCAUCACCGGCGCCCCCUCCCCAUCACGUGCUGAAACUGCUACCCCAACACCGGCCUCGACAUACACCCAAGCUCCAUCCACACCCACCGUCGCCUGCCCCUUCCAAUAACCAUCCUCACCAAGCACACCCCAGCCAAGCAGGGCUACACCGACCUCCUUCACGCUGCCAGCCCAGGCAUCUUUCUGCCUACAACUGCCUCAACCUCAACAGCCACAGCAGCAGCAGCAGUAGCAGCACACCUGGGACCAAGCCCCAAGGGCAUCCUGCUCCUUCCUCACACCUUCCACAACCCCCGUCAGGUGCAGCAGUAUCCACCUUCCCCUUUCCCCUGGUGGCUAACCACAGCGCCCCCCAUAGCUUCCCCCCUGCACUGCAGUCCUCAUCGCACCUUCAUCACCCCAAUAUGUUCGCUCCUCCAGCGGCUUUGCCUCCACCACCACCGCUAACGUCGACCACCCUGCCAGUACCUGGACAUCCUGCUGCUGGGAGCGCCUACUCAGAGCAAGACCUUCUGCGUCAGGAGCUCAACACCCGUUUCUUGGCCUCCCAGAGUGCCGACCGCGGCGCCUCACUGGGCCCCCCGCCCUACCUGCGCACAGAGUUCCACCAGCACCAGCACCAGCACCAGCAUCAGCACCAACACACCCACCAGCACACGCAUCAGCACACCUUCACGCCAUUCCCCAAUGCCAUUAUGCCCACCCCAGCACCAUCCAUGGUGCGUACCCCUGCCAGAAAUUUUGACAAAUACCCAACUAAAGUUGACCCCUUCUAUAGACACAGUCUCUUUCACUCGUACCCACCGGCGAUGUCAGGCCUCCCCCCUGUCAUUCCCCCUACUGGACCCUUCAGCUCCCUGCAAGGAGCAUUCCAACCCAAGACCUCUAAUCCACUGGAUGUGUCCACACGACCUGGUGCUGUCCCGAAUACUUUCCUCCAGAAAGACCCAAGACUAACGGAUCCAUUCCGGCCCAUUCUCAGGAAACCAGGGAAGUGGUGCGCCAUGCACGUCCACAUUGCCUGGCAGAUAUAUCACCAUCAACAAAAAGUCAAGCAGCAGAUGCAGGUCGACCCUCACAAGUUAGACUUUGGCAUCAAGCCCGAGUUCCUGAGUCGACCUCCAGGCCCGAGCCUCUUUGGUGCCAUCCAUCACCCCAACGACUUGGCUCGGCCUGCAACGCUUUUCUCUGCCGCAGGUCCAACACAUCCCUCCGCAGGUCCUUUUGGGCACCCGCCCCACCACCUUGGAAACUUUCUCACCCCAGGAUCUCACUUGGAACCUUUCAGUCGGUCGCCUUCCUUCGGAGGACUCGGAUCGCUCAGUUCUUCAGCGUUCGGAGGGCUUGGGAACCCAUCACUAAAAUCCCUGGCAGCGGUCAAUUCCAUGUUUGGCCAUAAAGAUGGCCCCAACACGCAGCAGCACUUUGGCAGCAGUACCACCAGUAACCACCAGGAGCCCUGGAACCGCCUGCAUCGCACGCCGCCGUCGUUUCCCACGCCCCCGCCUUGGCUGAAACCCGCAGACUCUGAGAGAAGCGCCUCGGUCAGCUCGCACGAGAGGGACAGAGAUUCUGAUAAACGAGACUCGAUGGGUGGUAAAGAUGACAAAGACAGAGAAUCAGUGGAGAAACGUCACGCAAGUCAACCCUCUCCAGUUCCAGUGAACCCCAUCGGUCUUCUUGGUCACAGUCGUCCUCUGGAGCACAACAGGAACCAACUUCCUCCGUCCUCUGGAGACGCUCAGAGGGACAAAGACAACAAGUCCAAAGAGAGGGAACACUCUGAUCUUUGGAAAGACGGCUGCUCGGACGAGCACAAGACAAAAGACCACCCACCGGGCAAUAAGGACACGCUCACUAUCCACGAAGGUAGAGAGCCAGAGGAUGUGGUGUCCAACAGGGGCACGGCGUCACCUUACCUCAGACUGAGCGGUCUAGAACAUUCUAAUGGAGGUUUGAGAAGGGAGCUUCUGGACAAGAAAAGUGAGCUUCCCUUCGAGCAGCAGAAGAAGAGCAGUGAAGUGAAAGUGAAGGAGGAGAGAAAAGAGGACCAAGAUGGCGCAGGUGAGAAGCCAAGCGAGCACACGAUGGCGCCCUCCGCGCCAAACCUCCACCCGCCGUCCCCCAUGCCUUUGCCCAUGAGCCUGGCAGGAGUCCAUACGAUCAACAACCUCAGCAGCCUUGAGAGAAGUCGAGUGGUGGCACCUUUCUUAGGCAUCAGUCCAAUCCCUGGAGCGGAACGCUUCCCUUACCCCGCCUUCCACUGGGACCCCAUGAGAGACUCCAUGAGAGACCCCUACAGAGGACUGGACAUUCACAGGCGGGACCCCCUGGCAAGGGAUCUGUUGCUAAGGAACGAACAUCACCGACUGGCUGCUCCACGUCUUUACGAGGCCGAGCGCGCCUACAGAGACCGCGAGCCUCACGACUUCAAUCGCAUUCAUCCGCUGGCCUUGGAGCACAGGAGGGAACACGAGCGCGCUCAGUUGGAGGAACGCGAGCGUCUGCUGAGAGACGACUACGAGCACGGGCGCCUGCAUCCCACAAUGCACCACCCGGCCCUCGACGGACACCUCCCCCACCACGCCCAGGGACUCAUGGCGCCAGGACUCCCGGGCAUGCACUACUCCAGAGUCAGCCCCUCGGCCGCUGCCCACCAUAACAUUCUCAACAAAACUCCGCCCACCGCUUCUUUGAGCGCUCCGCCCCCUCUCAUUCCCACGCUCGGCGGCAGGCCGGGCUCGCCCAGACGAACUACUGCCUUGGUGGGCGACAUCAGAGACAGAGCGCCGCACAAAGACAUCGAAGCGCGAUGAGCGCCGCCCUCAUUCAGCACUUAGUGAGGAAUGUAACAUAACUGUGAAUACGUGCCGUGAGGACACACCCACAAGUCAUUGUUUUAUAAGAGCGUGUGUGUGUGUGUGUGUGUGUGUGUGUGUGUGUGUGUGUGUGUGUGCCUCCAGUCUUUCUAUUGUAGAGCAAAGAGAAGCGAGACUGAACAAUGGACAAAUAUUCUUUACACUGACAAACAAAACGUGUGAAGUCGCUGUGUUGGAUCAUGUUACAGGAUAUGCAAAUGAGUGACUUAAAGCUUUACGUUCAACAUGUGAUGUCAUUGUUUAGUGAUCAGGAUGUGUUUUCUGCAGUUCUACUAUGCAACAAGUCCGACCCCCUCAACACUUCACCACGACCAGGAAUUAACAACAAAGUGUUUUCUCUCCACAACUUUACACUUCAACAAGCUUCGAACACAAAGUACUACCUCGGUUUUUGUUCGUAAAUCAUUCCAAAAAGUCAAACUUCAAUAAUUUGUCAAAGUGCUGACACUCGCAACUUUGUCCGGCCCCACUUUGGCUAUUUUGCAGUCGUACCAAAAAGCACACCGUGCCUGAAAGAUCCUUAACUUAAAGGGACUGUUUGCAACAUUUACACACAUGCCUAAAGGGCGCCAACUUCCCAAUGUGUUUUAAGCGUUGUAAACGUCUCCUAGGACGUAAUGAUGUAACUACGUACGUACAUAACACAUGUACGCGCAGUAGCUUUGGGUGUUGUUUGCUAAUAAUAUCAAUUUGGAUAGUUAGUUAAUGGUAAUUGGGUUACGCUUUUCUAACUUCAAGGUACUCAAAGCGCUCACAACUCACAACACAGGACACAACGGACGUGACUAGGUUGGUAGGAGCUGGGGAUUGAACCAGGAACCCUCAGGUUGCUGGCCCGGCCACUCUACCAACUCCGCCACGCCGUCCCCAAAAUGUAUAUUCUAUCAUAUCAACAACAUGACUGAAAAUUGUUCAGUUCAGUUUGUUUUGAACUGCUUUUGUAUGUCUGCACAUUAAACAUCAAUCUAUUUAUCCGGGGCCGAUAAAAAAAAUUGUAUUACGUAAACUUAAUAUUUGUGGAAAAAUAUAGAGUUUUAAGACAAAUGUGUUCUGUUGAACCACAAAUUGUAACAUAAGCUAGCCAAUGGUGUUCUUGUUAUAUUGUUUUUGCUUUGAAAAAAAUGUUACUGUGAGCAAGUUGCAAACAGCCCCUUUAACACUUGGAGUUACGCAGUGCACUUGAACGCAGUGCAGGGAGCAAAGUGCUUGAUUCAUCCUGUUUGGACAUGACGAAAGGAUACAAACAUCAUUAGUGUGCACUCUGUGAGCAAAUAAACUAUUUACACACACACACAAUAAAGAUUAUUAAAGGAUUCCUAUAGCGACCCGACUAAAAUGAUUACAGAUUCCGUAUUUUCCGCACUAUAAGGCGCACCGGAUUAUUAGCCGCACCUUCAAUGAAUUACAUAUUUCAUAACUUUGUCCACCAAUAAGCCGCCCCGGAUUAUAAGCCGCGCCUACGCUGCGCUAAAGGGAAUGUCAAAAAAACAGUCAGAUAGUUCAGUCAAACUUUAAUAAUAUAUUGAAAACCAGCGUUCUAACAACUCUGUCCCAAAAUGUACGCAAAUGUGCAAUCACAAACAUAGUAAAAUUCAAAAUAGUGCAGAGCAAUAGCAACAUAAUGUUGCUCGAACGUUAAUGUCACAACACACAAAAUAAACAUAGCGCUCACCUUCUGAAGUUAUUCUUCAUUCGUAAAUCCUUCGAAUUCUUCGUCUUCGGUGUCCGAAUUGAAAAGUUGCGCAAGCGUGGGUUCCAAAAUGGCCGGUUCCGUCUCGUCGAAGUCAUCGCAGUCAGUGUCGCUGUUGUUGUUCAGCAGUUCUGUGAAUCCUGCCUUCCGGAAAGCUCGGACCACAGUUGUGACCGAAAUAUCUGCCCAGGCAUUUACGAUCCACUGGCAAAUGUUGGCGUAUGUCGUCCGGCGCUGUCUGCCCGUCUUAGUGAAGGUGUGUUCGCCUUCGGAGCUGUGUGAAAAAAGCCACCCGGCCUCUUCGCGUAAACUUCCCUUAACCACUCGCUCAUCUUUUCUUCAUCCAUCCAUCCCUUCGAGUUAGCUUUUAUGAUGACGCCGGCUGGAAAGGUCUCUUUUGGCAAGGUCUUCCUUUUGAAUAUCACCAUGGGUGGAAGUUAGCAUGGCAAGCUAGAACCACAGUGAAGGAUGACUUCUCAUUCCCUGUGGUGCGAAUAUUCACCGUAUGUGCUCCCGUUCCACAGUGCGGU